CAGGCGUACGGGGCGAGGCUCCAUGGCAGGUGUUGGCGUCUGGCGGCUGCCGGGGAUGGCCCCUCCGGCGCUUCUGCUGCUCGCGCUGUGCGCCGUGGGCGCUCGGGGGCUCUACUUCCAUAUCGGCGAGACCGAGAAGCGCUGCUUCAUCGAGGAGAUCCCCGACGAGACCAUGGUCAUCGGCAACUAUCGCACCCAGAUGUGGGACAAGCAGAAGGAGGUCUUCUUGCCCUCGACCCCUGGCCUCGGCAUGCACGUGGAGGUGAAGGACCCCGACGGGAAGGUGGUGCUGUCCCGGCAGUACGGCUCCGAGGGCCGCUUCACCUUCACCUCCCACACGCCUGGGGACCAUCAGAUCUGCCUGCACUCCAACUCCACCAGGAUGCCCUUCUUCGCCGGCGGCAAGCUGCGCGUGCACCUGGACAUCCAGGUUGGGGAGCAUGCCAACAAUUACCCUGAGAUCGCUGCCAAGGACAAGCUGACGGAGCUGCAGCUGCGGGCCCGCCAGCUGCUGGAUCAGGUGGAGCAGAUCCAGAAGGAGCAGGACUACCAGAGGUACCGGGAAGAGCGCUUCCGCCUGACCAGCGAGAGCACCAACCAGAGGGUCCUGUGGUGGUCCAUUGCACAGACCGUCAUCCUCAUCCUCACUGGCAUCUGGCAGAUGCGGCACCUCAAGAGCUUCUUCGAGGCCAAGAAGCUGGUGUAGCGCCCGCUCUGUCGGCUUUCAGCUCCUCACCCACCUGCCUUUUGAGAGGGACAAGAAAGAAAGAGGAUGUAAGUCGCAUUGGUCCAUGGCAACAGGACCUUCAGAGCAGCCAUGCUAACCCUGGUUGUCAAGGACACAGGACCCUGGGCCAAGCUUUCAGAGAUCUUCUAGGCCUGUGAGGCAACAGAGCUAACUCAGAGAUUACCCCAUCCUCUCACAAAAUGAGCAAAUGAAAAAAAUCUCUCCUUUUCAUUCUGCUGUGUCUCCGUCUGCUGGCACGGUGGGAGCCCGGUGUGCCCCCGGGAGGGGGCCUUACCCUCCUGCCUCCUGCUCAGCCCUGGGUCUCCUCUGUGGCUUUGUGAAUGUAAAUAAGGGGCAGGUCUUGGCCCCAGAGGACUGACAUGUUUUUCUAUAUCCUAGAACUAUUUUUUGAUAAAUUAUAUAUUUUCCUUCCUAGAUGAGAGUUACUGCCUAUUCCUAGCCAGCAACACCAGUGCAGUCCCCGUGUGUUCUGUUGAUUCACACAUUUCUGGUAACUUCCCUCACAGCUCUUGGGAGCUUUUGGCAGUCCCUCAGCCAGAAAGCUGAUGUUCAGCCAUUCUCGAGCCGAGUUGUAUGUGACACCUGUGGUCCCCACCUCGCAGGACCACAGAGCCAGAGGCAUUAGCACAGGGCAACACACUCUCACCUUCCCUCUUCCCCUGUUAUUUAAGGUGUGACAAAUAUUUUCUUCAAGGGAACCAGAUUUGGUUCUUUAUAGAAAAUUUUCCAGCGAAAUAAAAUGUGUUGUAG